UGUUUAAUAGGAUUGUGGAAGAAUGAAGAAGCCGCAUAAUAAUGCAAGCAAGUCUCCACAUGGGUGCAUAUUUCUUCCCAGUAUAAGUAAUCCUAUCUUAUUGCAGUACUCAUCGCAGCAGGGAUCGAGAGCAAAGCAUACGAAGCAUUAACCAGCUGAAAUUUCGAUCAGCUUGUGCUCGUUCGAUCCUCGAUCCAGUCGGCCCAGCCAUGGUGGCUGGUGUUUGCUACGGCAUGGUGGCCAACAACCUCCCGUCCCGGAGCGACGUGGUGCAGAUGUACAGGUCCAAAGGCAUCACCGGCAUGCGCCUCUACUCCCCCGACGCGCAGGCCCUCUCCGCCCUGCGCAACUCCGGCAUCAGCCUCAUGAUCGACGUCGGCGGAACCGACCAGCUCGCCUACCUCGCUGCCAGCGGGUCCAACGCGUCCGCCUGGGUCCGAACCAACGUGCAGGCCUACCAGGGCCUGACCAUCAAGUACAUCGUCGCCGGCAACGAGGUCCAGGGCGGCGACACGCAGAACAUCGUCCCGGCCAUCCGGAACCUCAACGCCGCGCUCUCCGCGGUCGGUCUCGGCGGCAUCAAGGUGUCCACCUCGGUGCGGUUCGACGUGGUGGCCAACUCGUACCCGCCCUCCGCCGGCGUGUUCGCGCAGGCCUACAUGACGGACGUGGUCCGGCUCCUGUCCAGCACCGGCGCGCCGCUGCUGGCCAACGUGUACCCGUACUUCGCCUACCGCGACAACCCGCGGGACAUCCAGCUCAACUACGCCACGUUCCAGCCGGGCACCACGGUGCGGGACGACAACAACGGGCUCAUCUACACUUGUCUCUUUGACGCCAUGGUGGACGCCAUCUACGCGGCGCUGGAGAAGGCCGGGACGCCGGGGCUGCGGGUGGUGAUCUCGGAGAGCGGGUGGCCGUCCGCCAGCGGCUUCGCGGCCACGGCGGACAACGCGAGGGCGUACAACCAGGGGCUCAUCGACCACGUCGGCGGCGGCACGCCCAAGAGGCCCGGCACGCUCGAGACCUACAUCUUCGCCAUGUUCAACGAGAACUUCAAGCUCGGGGACCUGGUGGAGAAGCACUUUGGGCUCUUCAACCCGGACAAGUCGCCCGCAUACCCCAUCCGCUUCUAGCUAGUCUGCAUCGUCGUCCCUACACUACAUUGCGCUAAUAAAUACGUGCAUACGUGUGCAUCGUCGUUAAUCGAAAUAAGCUGCGUAUAGUGCAGCAGUGUGGAUUGUAACAUACGCAGGGACUGUGUAUACGUGACACGUCACCUUAAAUAAAACAGGUAUACAUGCAUGAGUUGUAUUCUGAUC